AUCGCGGGCCGGGACCCCCCGCUUAGCCUCGCCGGUGUCCCAGGAUGGCGGAGAGACCGGAGGACCUGAACCUGCCCAACGCCGUCAUCACCCGCAUCAUCAAGGAGGCGCUUCCUGAUGGGGUGAACAUCUCCAAAGAAGCUCGGAGCGCGAUAUCCCGGGCAGCGAGCGUCUUUGUGCUCUAUGCCACAUCAUGUGCCAAUAACUUUGCCAUGAAGGGGAAGAGGAAGACGCUGAACGCCGGCGAUGUUCUCUCUGCCAUGGAGGAGAUGGAGUUCCAGCGAUUCGUCGCCCCUCUGAAGGAGUCCCUGGAAGUUUACAGGCGCGAGCAGAGAGGGAAGAAAGAAGCGAGGAAGGACAAGGACAAGAAGACAGACUCGGAGGAGCAGGAUAAGAGCCGAGAGGAAGAGAAUGAGGAUGAGGAUGAAAGGAUGGAGGAAGAAGAGCAAAAUGAUGAGGAAGAGGUGGACAACUGAGCCUGCUGAGGAGGGGGGCGUGCACAGGGGCUGGGGGGGGUUUGGAGGGCUGCAAACGCUGGAAGUGAGCCUUGCUGGGGCCCCUCCUGCUUCCAGAGGAGCUUUGGGCUGUUCCUCCACAGCCUUUUUGGCCUUCACCUGUACAUAGAGGACUUCUCUUCACACUUUCUCCUGGAGGAACGUGUCCUGCCAGCUCCCAGGGGUUCUGGACACACUGGGCUGUUUUCACUGCCUUGGCUGUGAAAGAGGGAGGAAGAAGCAUCAGGUGCUCAGUACAGAAGCAGCCAGAAGAACUUGAGAGACUUGAGUAAGCUUAAACCAAGUCAGGGGCUGAGCCAAACGGAUCAUUAACCCCUUGGGGUUUGGAAUCUACACAGUGAUGUUGGGGGGCUUGGAAGCUGACUCCUGAAGCUUUUUGUCCAAUUGAUUUGGGUUUUGUAACUUUCUUGCAUUCUGGCUAUGCCUUCUCUUCCUGCUCCAGCUGUGACAGUGAUCCUGUGCCCUUUAGCUGUGCCAGCUGUGUGCAGCUGUACAAGGAGCAGUGGGCUGCAACUCAGCAAAGUUCACAGCACUUGAUGUAAAUGAAAUACCAGAAAGUGCUUGCUUUGUGUCUUGAAAGGCAGCAGAGAUCCCUCUGGCCUCUGACAGUCGUGCCAGAGAUGCAGGCAGGCCCCUAGAGGGUGGUGACAGCAGGAGGCUCCUUCCCAGGGCCAGCCUCAGACCUGUGGGUUGCAGAAUGCCUGCUGCCAGAAGGCUGAGAGCAGCUGUUGUGCUCUUAGGGCUGCUGGAGUUUGUUCUGCCACACUUGAACUGCUGGUUCUGAUGCCUUCCCUUUCUCUUCUCUGAGGAAGGAUCUAUUAGAAUAAGCUCCUUUGGAGGGGGAAAAAGGCUUUAGGGUUUGAGUGACCUUUUGUAAGACUGAAAAGCUAAUGCUGAGCUCAGCCCAGGGCUGCUGAAGGAAUCCUGAGGGCAGUGUUUGGGUCCAUUUCAGGAGCACACAGGAGUUUGGCUGCUGUGCAGUUUUACAGUGGCCCUUGUGAGGAACAGUUUGCCCUUCCUUACCAAAACCUUAAUGCCCCCAAGCUCUGCACAGCCCUCCUGCUGUUGUGGCUUUCCACACAGCAGCAGCCCAGCUCCUGAAGGGAACUGAAUCAGCAGAGGUUUUCUGCUCUCUGGUUCCUGUGGCUUGCAGUCAGUGAGAGAUGAGAAGACCAAGCUGCCAACAUCUUCCCAAGGUCCCCAGUAACUCAAAGGCCUCCUCCUAGCUCCUCUUCCUCUUUUUUUCCUCUUCUGGUACAUAUCUGGGCUGCAUCUUUGGGAUGGGAACAAUACCUAAAUAAA